AUGAGUUGGAAUUGUCACAAGUUAUCAAACAAACAAGAUGUUAACCUACCGUUACAGGGACACACAACAACACUAUCAGGAGAUAAUAUAGUUAUAUUUGGUGGAUAUGAUCAUCAAAAUGAGAAACUUUCAAAUGCAGUAUAUCUUUUAAAUAAUAUUCAACAACAAUCAAAUUUAUUAAAGCCACAUAUUAGUGGUACCACGCCACCACCAUGUCUAGGUCACACUGCAACACAAGUUGGUAGAAAAAUGUUUGUUUUUGGAGGAACUCAACAAUCGUCUUUAGCGUCAUCGGAUCAAGCAGCAAUCGAUCAUCAUCUAUCACAGUCUAAUGAAAUGUAUCAAUUCAACACUGUCAAUCAUACAUGGUCCAAACCAAAGAUCGUUGGAGACUUGCCACUCCCUCGAAGUGGCCAUACUGCCUCUCUGAUUGGAAGCAAUUGUAUUUUAAUAUUUGGUGGUAUUUGUAAAUCUCAACUACUUGGCGAUGUUCAUAUAUUUCAAACAGAGCGUAAUUGUUGGGCAAAGUUGGAUGAUAACCAUGAUGGUUAUCAUGAUGAUGAUGAUAUUAAACAACAACAACAACAACCGACUACUAUGUCAUCACCAUCAACACGUGGAACAACAUCAAACUCUAUGAUGAAUCAAUCACCAACAAAUACAUUUUUAGCACAUUCAUCACCAUCAAUUGCAAUGCCAACAUCAUUCUUUUCAUCGCCAAUAUCUCGAGGUCGUUCAGCUACUAUAUCUCAUGCAUCACCUCUAAUUGCAGGUAAUGAGGUCAUUACACCAACAAAGAAUAGUCAAUCUUCAUCUUCAUCAUCACAAUAUCCAUCAUUACCACCACACAUUAAUUUAUCUGUAUAUAAUAAUCCACAAAGUCCAACUCAAUCCAAUAUCAACAACAAAUUAAAACAAGUAAAUAUCUCUUCUACUACUACUACUACUAUCACUUCUUCUUCAUCACCACCACCACCAAGAUUUAAUCAUACUUGUAGUAUAAUUGGAAAUAGAGCAUUUAUAUUUGGUGGUUGUGGAGAAGGUAUGGAACUAUUAAAUGAUCUAUAUAUCUUAAACACCAAUACAAUGGAAUGGACAUUGGAAGAUCAUAAAGGUGAUAUUCCAUCACCUAGAAGUGGUCAUUCAUCGGUAGUGAUUGGUUUUAAAAUAUAUAUUUUUGGUGGUGUAGUGUCAUUGGAUCAACAACAACAACAAAAUCAAGUACAUCCUCUUAUCUAUAAUAAUAAUAAUAAUACAUCUGCAACAUUUAGUAAUGAACUCUAUGUACUCGAUACGGAAACAAUGUCAUGGUCAUUGAUUACUCAAAAUCCACCUCAACUACCAGCACCAAGAUUCAGACACUCUUGUAUAUCAUUUUCAAGUAAAAUCAUUGUAGUUGGAGGUUUUGAGAGUGGUAAAUCAUCAUCAUCAUCCAACUUGCUGCCAUCAAGUCAACAACAUUAUUACGCAUUGGAAACUCUUAGAUUAGAGUUUAAAAGCUCAAGACAGCGAAGAAAUACAGCAUUUAUAUCAACCUCUUCUUUAAAAGUAUCAAUAGACAGCAACAAUCAACCAUUUAGAAAAACCGACGUCGAUCUUCCAACCACACCGAAAAGUACUACUUCUAUUGUUUCUUCUCCAUUGGUAGUGUCAGAGUCUAGCGAAAUGAAAGAUGAAAGAGAUAAAAAGACCUCAAAUUUAAUUACCAAUAAUCGACCACCCAUUGGUGGACAAAAUGGUUCAACAUCUCAUCAUCAUCAGCAUCAACACCAAUCCAAUAAUAAUAUGACUCUGGAUACUUUUAAAAUUGGAGAAAGUUGUUCAUCAUCUUGUAAUUUAAAAUAUAAUAUACUUGCAAGUCAUUACAAGGAAUUGAAACAACAAUUAAAAGAAGAAGUUGAAAAGAGAAAAAUUGUUGAAAAGGAAUUGGAAGAUUUGAAAUCAAGUAGAGGAGGAGGAAACAAUACCAUCAACAAUAAUAAUAAUCAAAACCUUGGCAGUAGCUCUGGUAAUGUACAAAUAUCUAAAAAUACAAUGGAUGUCAUUGAAGAAAUGAUGAAUGCAUGGAAUGCUUAUGAAAAAAGACUUAGAUGGAAAGAAUUACUUGAAAAGGAUACAAAUACUCAAUUGGAUGAAUUAAAACUUAAAUUGGAUCACUUUGCCGAUAUCUUUAUGUUUACAUCUGAUAGUGCAAGUGAUUUUAGUGAUGUUAAAAGUAGAUCUUCAAUGAUGGACGAUAUGGAAGAUCUAAGUGAAGCAAGUAAUCACACAACAGAUUCAAAGUCAACCUCGUCUCUAAAUACAUCACACUAUAGAUCAUCUUCCUAUCCAUUACCAAUAUUUAAUUUCAAGAAAAAGGAAAGAGAAAAGGAAAAGGAAAAGGAUAAAGAAAGAUCUCUUUCUUCAAGUUUGGAAAAGGAAACAAACAACAAUACUGGUAGUAAAGAAAAAUCAACAAACAAUAUUUUUAAAUUUAUGAAAUCUAAAAAAGUAAAUCGUUCUUCAGCUCAAUUUCAACCAAUGAAUGGAGUUGAAGAAGAUAUUAGUGGUAGUGAUAAUCAAAUUUUACCAAGAUCACCAUUAAAAUCAAAUACAGAUUUAUCCACCUCUAUUUCAUCAGCAAACUCUACACCAACCAUUUCAACUGUAGGAAUAUUACAACAACAAACAAGCACAACCGAAUUAGGCAAUGAUAAUAAUUUAAGUAAAAGUAAUGAUAAAUCAGAACAACAACAACAACAACAACAAACCGAAGAUUUGGAAAAGAAAUCAAAAUCAAAGUUGAGUUCUAAAUUUAUGAACAUUUUAUCAAAAGAAAAGGAUAAAGAAAAGGAAAAGGAAAAAGAAAAAGAAAAGGAAAAGGAAAAGAAACCAAAAAAGAUUAAAAUAUUUGGAAAGAGCAACAAGGAAUCAGUUCCAUUUAAAAGAGAAAUUAUCGAAAAGGUGAUUGAACAUUUGGAAAGUAGUGGAUUAGAGACGGAAGGAUUAUUUAGACUGUCAGGAAAUAUUGAUACAGUUAGAACAAUAACAAAAUCAUUUACACAUGGAGAAAUUAAUUUAAAUUUUGAAAUUCAUAAUGUUUCAAAUGCUCUAAAACUUUACCUAAGAUCUCUUGAUCCUCCUUUAAUUCCAUAUGAAUAUUUCUUACCUUUAUUAGAUUCUAGAAAAAAUGAAGAUGUUGAAACAAUUAGAAAUAUGAUUUGGAGAAUUCCAAGUGAUAAUAGAGUUGUAUUGGCAAGUUUAGUUCAUCUUUUGGUCAAAGUUACAGAAAAGAGUGAAAUCAACAAGAUGAAUUCAAAGAAUUUGAGUAUUGUAUUUGGACCAACCAUAUUAAAACCAAAGACACCAACCAUGGACAGAAUGGCACUAAUGAGUGAAACUCAGUUACAGUGCGGUAUCAUGCAAACCUUUAUCGAAGAUUUUGAUUUUAUAUUCUCAGAACACCCAACAACUCAACCCAAAUCAUUCCAACGAUCAGAUAGUGAUGAUGAAGGUGUAGAUGAAGAACCAAUAUCACUCUCUGCAUUAUCAACUCCUUCUUCUCAAUCACCAAGUCAACUUUCUCCUCUUCCUCCAUCGACCCCAUAA